GAGCAGCAGUAUACAGAACAAAUUUACCAUUAAAAACGAUUUCGAAGCGAUUCCGCCAAGCAAAAACUCAGAAUCGAAUGUCUGCGGGUUUUUUGUGUUGCUGAAAGGGAUCGGCUGUAUGUAUCCAGACAACAAAAUGGAAGCACUAGAGAGAAUUCAACCAAACAGGCAAGUGAUCAUCUUUGUUUUGAUGCUGUUCUUAUCUCAGGCUCGCUCUGAGCCCUAUCGUUAUUCUGUGCUGGAGGAAACAGAGAAAGGCUCCGUUAUAGCCCACCUGGGAAAAGACCUGAGCCUGGGAACUGGGGAACUGGCUGCCCGGUCAGCCCGGGUGGUCUGUGACGAUGACAAGCAGCAUUUGCAGCUGGACCGUCAGACUGGAGACUUACUUCUGAGGGAAAAACUAGACAGGGAAGAACUAUGUGGCCUUAUUGAACCAUGUGUACUGUAUUUCCAAGUGUUCCUGGAAACACCAGUGCAAUUUUUUCAGGGAGAGUUAUUGAUCCAGGACAUAAAUGACAACUCUCCAGUAUUCCCUGACAGGGAAAUGUUCUUGAACAUACCGGAAAACAGUCGGCCAGGGACUCUAUUUCCAUUGAAAUUAGCUCAGGAUUUGGAUGUUGGCAGCAAUGGUCUUCAAAAAUACACCAUCAGUCCCAACUCUCAUUUUCAUGUUCUCACUAGAAAUCAUACCGAGGGCAAGAAAUAUCCAGAUCUGGUGCAAGAGAAAGCGCUGGACCGAGAGCAGCAGCAGGAGUUCAGUUUAACUCUCACGGCUCUGGAUGGUGGGUCUCCGCCCAGGUCUGGGACUGUCAUGGUCCAAAUCACCAUCCUGGAUGUCAACGACAAUGCUCCUGAGUUUGUACACCCCCCCUAUGAGACGCAGGUCUUGGAAAAUAGCCCAGUGGGCUUCCCAGUAGUUAGAGUCUCCGCCAGGGAUGCAGAUUCUGGAAAUUUCGCAACAGUUUCCUACAACUUGUUCCAAGCAUCAGAUGAAAUUAAACAAACGUUCUCAAUAAAUAAUGUCACGGGAGAAAUCCAACUGAUAAAGAAGUUGGAUUUUGAGAAAAUAAACUCUUACCAUGUGGACAUCGAGGCCACAGAUGGAGGCGGUCUUUCCGGGAAAGGCACUGUAAUCAUAGAGGUGAUGGAUGUGAAUGACAACGCCCCGGAGCUAACUUUAUCUUCACUGACCAGCUCCAUCCUAGAGAAUGCUCCCGAAACCGUAGUGUCAAUCUUCCGAAUUCGAGACAGAGAUUCUGGAGACAAUGGAAAGAUGAUUUGCUCAAUUCCAGAUAAUUUGCCAUUCAUUCUAAAACCAACUUUCAAGAAUUUCUACACCCUGUUAACAGAGAGGCCACUGGACCGAGAGGAGAGAGCUGAAUACAACAUCACCAUCACCGUCACUGACUUGGGGACCCCCAGGCUGAAAACCGAGCACACCAUCAGGGUGCUGGUCUCCGACGUCAAUGACAACGCGCCCACCUUCACCCAAACCUCCUACACGCUGUUCGUCCGCGAGAACAACAGCCCCGGCCUGCACCUGGGCACAGUCAGCGCCACCGACAGAGACGCGGGCACCAACGCCCAAGUCACCUACUCCCUGCUGCCGCCCCGAGACCCGCACCUGCCGCUCGCCUCGCUGGUGGCCAUCCACGCCGACCGCGGGCACCUGUUCGCGCAGCGGGCGCUGGACUUCGAGGCCCUGCGCGCCUUCGAGGUCCGCGUGGGCGCGGCGGACGCGGGCUCCCAGGCGCUGAGCAGCGAGGCGCUGGUGCGCGUGGAGGUGCUGGACGACAACGACCACGCGCCCCUGGUGCUGUACCCGCCGCCGCCCAACGGCUCGGCGCCCUGCCCCGAGCUGGUGCCCAGGGCGGCCGAGGCGGGCUACCUGGUGAGCAAGGUGGUGGCAGUGGACGGCGACGCGGGCCAGAACGCCUGGCUGUCCUACCAGCUGCUAAAGGCCACGGAGCCCGGGCUGUUCCGCGUGUGGACGCACAAUGGCGAGGUGCGCACCGCCAGGCCGCUGAGCGAGCGCGACGCGGCGCAGCACAGGCUGCUGGUGCUGGUCCAGGACAAUGGCGAGCCGGCGCUGUCGGCCAGCGUCACCCUGCACGUGCUGCUGGUGGACGGCUUCUCGCAGCCCUACCUGGCGCGGCCCGAGGGCGCCCACGACCAGGCGCAGGCCGACGGGCUCACGGUCUACCUGGUCAUUGCGUUGGCCUCGGUGUCUUCGCUCUUCCUCUGCUCCGUGCUCCUGUUUGUGGCUGUGCGACUGUGCAGGAGGAGGAGGGCCGCCUGGGAGGGUGGCUGUUCGGUGCCUGAGGGCCGCUUUCCAAGCCACUUGGUGGAUGUGAGCAGCACUGGGACUUUGUCCCAGAGCUACCAGUACGAAGUAUAUAUGACGGGAGACUCUAGAACUGGUGAGUUCAAAUUUCUGAAGCCCAUAACCUCCAAUCUCUUGGUUCCCGAACCUGGGAGAGAAGUAACAGAAAACUGUAGGAAUAGCUCUGUAUUCAGUUAAGCAUUGUGUUUGGUCUCAUGACUCUCUCCGUAAUCUUGGCAAACUUAAAUCCAAUGAAAAGGCCUUUCUUUUAAUAAAUCAUAUUGCUACCUAAAUAUGCAUACCACUAUUCUGAGGUUAUUCCUGACCUUUAUAAUCCUAAAUCUGUUGCCCUUUUUGUUGACAUUACUUGCAUUUAAGUUUUUUAAAUCCACACGAUAUUCAAUGUGUGUAUUUCCUCCACA